AGCUGGUUGUGUAACAGAAAUGCACGACCAGUAACACAUAUUUUAUUCAUGAUUUCAACAAAGCUCGUAUUCAGUGCCCCCGUGUGGUGUUUUCUAUGUUUUUGGCGGAUCUGCGUGGAAGAACUAGAUAAGAUAAUGGAUAAAAACGAUGUAGAUAAGAUGCUGUCAGAAAUAAAGAAUGAACCAAGUAACCACAGCUUCUGUUGAAGUCGACUGUAGACUCGAGUAUGUUCCGAUAUGCUAUGAGAAAGCCAAUACGACUAGCUCAAUGUUUUGGAUACUUUCCUGAAAGGCUUCCAGUGAGUAAGAAGAGUAGAUGGUUUGGAGGAUGGCAUUGGAUGAUUGUAUAUAGCGCAUUGGUGUCUUUUACAUUUUGUAUUGAGUUUCUGUUUGUAUGUGUUGAUGCUAUACGAGCCGAAGAAAGCAAUUUUAUAACAGUUGCACUGUUUGUGUUUCAUUUAGAAAUGUUGAUACAUAUAGCUCUAUUUUUCCGACUUGCCUGACAUUGGCAAAGCUUUACAAAGCAAUGGGAGAUUGUGGAAAUAAAAAUGGCCAAUUACGAAAUCUCUUACGAUCUUAGGAAGAAAGUGCAUCGUAUUACUAUUUGCCUUAUGCUGACAGCAGCAGUGGAGCAUGGCCUAGUGAAUGCUCACAAGCUCAAGGCUUGGAUAGAGGAAACAGAAGACAUCAAUGAAGCUUUCAAACAGUAUUUUGUAUCGGGAUAUCCACAUAUCUUUGGUGCUGUAGAAUAUUCAUUUUCGUUAGGACUCCUUGUUCAGUUGACAAAUCUUCAGAGAACGUUUCUAUGGAGCUAUGCCGAUGUGUUCGUGAUGCUAGUUGGUUCAGCUGUGACAUUUAGAGUGAACCAAUUUUGUCGAAAGGUGCAAACGCUGUCUCAGAAACAGAUAAAUGAUAAACAAGCAUGGCAAUCAGUCCGAAACGACUACUCAAAACUCUUCAAGCUCUGCCAAACCACCAACAGACAUUUAUCUAACACUAUCAUCGUAUCGUUCCUCUUCAAUUUGUAUUUCAUCCUAAUCCAACUAUUCUCGAGUUUGAAACAAACGGCAGAUGUCGUGAAAAAAGCCUACUUCCUGUUGUCAGUUUUGUUUAUCAGUAUCAGGAUUGCGUGUAUCUGUGUAUUUGGAGGCAACGUAUAUGAAGAGUGGGCCAAUAUUGGGUGUUAUUUGAAUUCGAUACCAUCUGAAGCCUAUAAUGCUGAGGCAGAAAGGUUAAUACAGUAUGUACUGACAUGCCCUUUGUCACUCACAGGUAACCAUUUUUUCUACAUUACUAGGAGCCUGAUGCUGAAAGUAAGUUGAAUAUCUAAAUAAGUGUAGUUAUUCUAGGCUAAAUUUUCUGUUUCAGAUUGCCGGAGCUAUAGUUACCUACGAAUUAGUGUUGAUACAAUUUUAUGAAAACCAAUUACGAUAAUAAAUCAAAAAUUAAGAUCUCUGGUUAGUCAGUCAUUAAUCAU